UAUAUAUAUGGCACACACAAUCCAUCCAGCCAGGCUCGUCUUUUCUCUCUGAGCACCGCAGUACGCCUAUAUCCUUCCACAUAGCAACGCACUAUCUGCCAAAUUAGCUUUACAUUAUUUCGAAAUUAUUCCGUGAAUUUUCAUUCAAUUUUCUUUCAAGUCAUUGCCUUCAACAUGGUACCCAAUAUUAUUGUGAAAAAGUGUAGGUCUGAGACGUAAAUAAUUGUAAUUGUGGGUGAAGGGAGCGGCUGUUGGCGGACGAUUUGCCGGUUGAUGAGCGGUGACGAGGUUUAGCAACUGUUGCCUUGAGAAUAAACGCCAUAGCCACCGUAGUCCUGGCGACUGUAACCCGCCAACUACAAGGCAAGGAUUGAUUUUUGAGAGGCGUCUCCAUCAUUCAAGAUGCAAGCAAUCAGUGCCACUACCCAGCAACAACAGAUCUCUACUCCCACCAUCAUCACAACGCACCAAGCACAGCAUCAGCCCAGCACACAGACCAUACAAGCCCAACAGUUUGUGCAAGUUGCAGCCCCGGUGACUGAACCAGUGAAGGAUGUCCCAUCAGCAGGCACCACUGUAACCUUGCAGACCAUCCCUGUGAGCCAGACGUCUCAGCAGGGCAUCUACCAAGGACACGUGCAGUACGUAGACGGGGGCGAUCACUCAAGUUCCAUCUAUGCUAACGGCGCUAUGGCAAACUAUCCUUACAGUGAAGCCACGACGAUGUACACGCAGGCCACCCCAGCUGGCGGGGCCACCUACUACUCCUCGGGCCAGGCGCUCACCUCCAGUGCCCUGGGGAGCAUCCAGACGCUGGGUGGUUCCAACAUGUCGGUGGGCGGCACCACAAUCAUCGGAGGGAACCUGCUGGGUGGGCCUCAGCUCAUCACCCAACAGGGAGGCACAUACCUGUUACAGGGUCACACCAUGGAUGGUAAUGGACACCCUCUCACACACACCACCAGAGCAUCACCUGCCACGGUCCAGUGGCUGUUGGAUAACUAUGAAUGCGCAGAAGGUGUCAGUUUGCCGAGAAGCACUCUCUUCAAUCACUACAUGAGGCACUGUCAGGAACACAAAAUUGACCCUGUCAACGCGGCCUCAUUCGGCAAACUUAUACGAUCAGUGUUCCUCGGCCUUCGGACGAGGAGAUUGGGAACCAGAGGAAACUCCAAGUAUCAUUAUUACGGCAUACGUAUCAAGAGUUCGUCACCACUUAAUCAGUACCAAGAGGAGAGUGGCCACACAGCCAUGAGACAGCAACCCAUCAACUCAGCAAAAAGGUUCAAGCCAUCCCCCAUAGGCAGCAAGCAGGAUGGCACCGAGGGUGGAGGGGCAGUCAGCGGUAGCGGCGGGGGCGCCCAGGACCCCGUUCAGACCCAGACCCAGCAGCACCAGCAGUUCCUGGGUGACGCCUCCAUGGCUUUGCCCGAUUUCGGGGAGCUCAAGUUUGGCACCACGCCGCUUCCAGAGGGAGUGACGCAAGAUGACGUCAAGGCCUUCCAGGCCCUCUACAGAGAGCACUGUGAGGCCAUUCUGGAUGUGGUUGUCAAUCUCCAGUUUGCACUUAUUGAAGCUUUGUGGCAGACAUUUUGGAGGAAUCCUCCUGCCGAUGCACAGCAAAAUGAGGGAGAUGUAGAGAAGAGACUUCCCAAAGCCAAGCUUAUCUCGUUGUGCCAGAGCAGUCCAGUACAGGAGUACGUCAAACACUACGACCAUGUGCUGUAUCAAGGGCUGGUGGAGGUCCUUAUACCCGACGUGCUACGGCCUAUACCAAGUGCCUUGACUCAAGCCAUUCGCAACUUUGCAAAAUCGUUGGAGACCUGGUUAAAAAACAGUAUGACUGGCAUCCCUCAAGACAUGAUAAGUCUUAAGGUAGGUGCAGUCACAGCCUUUGCACAGACCCUCCGCCGUUACACGUCGCUCAAUCACCUAGCGCAGGCUGCCCGAGCUGUGCUACAGAAUACAUCUCAGAUCAACCAGAUGCUGAGUGACCUGAACAGAGUAGAUUUUGCCAACGUACAGGAGCAAGCAUCAUGGGUCUGCCAGUGUGAUGACCAGAUGGUCCAGCGUCUUGAGCAGGACUUCAAGUCCACCCUCCAGGAGCAGAACUCCCUGGAGCAGUGGGCUGCCUGGCUAGAGGGUGUAGUGACUGAGGUCCUGGAGCCCCACGAGAACUCCCCCAAUUUUGCCAAGGCAGCCAGGCAGUUCUUGCUUAAGUGGUCAUUUUAUAGCUCCAUGGUGAUACGCGACCUUACACUUCGCAGUGCCGCAAGCUUUGGCUCGUUCCAUUUAAUACGCUUGCUUUAUGACGAAUUCAUGUUUUACCUGAUUGAGCACAGAGUAGCAGCUGCAACAGGGGAAACCCCCAUCGCUGUCAUGGACAAGGUCGACUCCUCGACGGAACUGUCAAUGAACAACUCACUGCCGACCUCCAACAGUGUGAACAAUACCACCAGCAACACCAACACCAUCAUUGUCAACAUCCCCACCACAUCGGCCGUGAACUCGGUCGUCAAAGUGAACAGCAAGUGAGACCGAAGUCCCCAGACACCACACAGGUAUAGGGCUUCAAUAGUAGGCUAGCCACCGGGUGCAUUGCCUCUUAAGUUUCAGAGAUGUUCCCUUUUCCAUGUCGGUUAUAUCCAUUUAAAAAGCUU